CUCUCCCCCCCAAAAUAUCAUCAUCCCUAGACCGUUCUUCCCCCCCCAUGGCCAAAACCCAAGGGGGCAUCCUCGAGGGGAGCAAUCCCUCGGACUAUGACUCCUCCAACCCCAUCAUCGUCUUCAUCUACCAGGCCGGCAUCAUCAUCGUCAUCUGCCGCCUGCUGCACUGGCCGCUGUCCAAGAUCCGCCAGCCGCGCGUCAUCGCCGAGGUGAUCACCGGCAUCCUGCUGGGCCCGUCCGUGAUGGGCCGCAUCCCCGGCUUCACCGACGCCAUCUUCCCCGCCGCCUCCAUCCCCAACCUCAGCGUCGUCGCCAACCUGGGCCUGAUUCUGUUCCUGUUCCUCGUCGGCCUGGAGACCAACCUGCGCUUCCUCGUGAGCAACUGGCGCGUCGCCAUCAGCGUGUCGGCCGCGGGCAUGAUCCUGCCCUUUGGCCUGGGCUGCGCCAUCGCCUACGGCCUGUACAACACCUUCCAGCAUGAGCCCGGCACCGUCGACGUCAACUUUGGCACCUAUCUGCUCUUCAUCGGCAUUGCCAUGGCUAUCACGGCCUUCCCCGUGCUUUGCCGGAUCCUCACAGAGCUCAAACUGCUCGACACCAACGUGGGCGUGAUCGUGCUAUCCGCCGGCGUGGGCAACGACGUGGUAGGCUGGGUCCUGCUCGCCCUCUGCGUGGCGCUGGUCAACGCGGGCACGGGGCUGACAGCACUAUGGGUGCUGCUGGUAUGCUUGGGAUACGUGCUGUUCCUGACCUUCGUCUUCCGGCCCCUAUUCCUGCGGUUCCUGGUGCGGACCGGCAGUCUGCAGAAGGGACCGAGCCAGUCGGUGGUGGCCGUGACGCUGCUGAUCGCGCUGGCGUCGGCCUUCUUCACGCAGGCCAUCGGCAUCCACGCCAUCUUUGGCGGCUUCAUCAUCGGCCUGCUGUGUCCGCACGAGGGCGGCUUCGCCAUCAAGCUGACCGAGAAGAUCGAGGACCUGGUCGCCACCCUGUUCCUGCCCCUGUACUUCACCCUGUCCGGCCUGCAGACCAACCUGGGUCUGCUGGACACCGGCACCGUCUGGGGAUACGUGAUCGGCAUCAUCGCCAUCGCCUUCAUCGCCAAGGUCGCGGGCGGGGCUGGCGCAUCGCGUCUGUGUGGGAUGCUCUGGCGCGAGAGUUUCGCCAUCGGCGUGAUGAUGAGCUGUAAAGGAUUGGUCGAGCUGAUUGUCCUGAACAUCGGCCUCCAAGCCAAAAUCCUCAGCACGCGCACCUUCACGAUGUUCGUGGUGAUGGCCCUCGUCACCACCUUCGCGACGACCCCCCUGACCGUCGCCCUCUACCCCAAGUGGUACCAAACCAAGGUCGAACGAUGGCGCCGCGGGGAGAUCGACUGGGCGGGCAACCCGCUGCAAACCGACUCGCGCGACAACAGCGUCGCCAUCGCCAAAGACCAGCCCGUGCGCAAACUGCUGGUGUACCUGCGCCUGGACGGGCUCUCCAGCCUCUGCACGCUCGCCGCCCUCCUGGGGCCAACGCAGCCUCCCAGCCCCAAAACCCACCCGGACAAAGAAGCCCUGCCAUCCCAAUCCCCGGAACCCGACGAAUCCGCCCCCUCCACCACCAACACCAUCACCAACACCUCCCCAUCCCCCACAGGCCUCCAAGUCCACGGCGUCCGCCUCAUGGAACUCACCGACCGAGACUCCUCCGUCAUGAAAGUGUCCGAAAUCGAACAAUACACCCUCUGGGACCCGGUAGUGAACACCUUCCGCGCCUUCGGCCAGUGGCACGACAUCUCCAUCAUGGCAGGCGUCUCCGUGGUACCAGAGUACUCCUACGCCGACACAGUGGUGGGGAUGGCCCGCGACGACACCUCGGAUCUGCUGCUCGUCCCCUGGAGCGAAACCGGGCUGAUCGCCGACCCGCAAACCGGUCUGGGAAUCAACGAAUCCGCCCGCUUCACCAACGGGCCCUAUACCGAUUUCGUCGCCCACGUCCUCAACACCGUCCCCUGCAGCACGGGGCUGCUGAUCGAACGGUCCGUCUACCCUCAUCACACUCACGCACACACACAGCAGCAGCAGCAGCAGCAGCAGCAGAAAUCCCUCCACAAACCCCCCUCCAUCUCCGCCCUCAGCAUCCGCAGCUCCAUCUGGAACACCCCGCCCAGCGCACCAGGCACCAAGACGCACCAUGUCGUAUUGCCGUUUUUCGGCGGGAGGGAUGAUCGCUUCGCGCUCCGGUUUGUGCUCCAGCUGGCGAGGCAUGAUCAGGUCACGGCGACGGUUCUGCAUGUCGAUGUGCCGCUCUCGGGGGAGCCGCAGGGCCAUGAGUCGGAUGCGAUUUAUUUGGCGUCCAUGAGGGAGGGCCUCGGGGAGGAGAUGGCGUUGAGGGUUGUUUUUAAGAAACUUCCUUCGCCUUCGGGAUCUGGAAGUGCGGAAGGAGAGCGAGAGACGGUCGAGAGGACGGUCGAGGCGGUCAAGGAGGAGAUGGGCCGUUCGGUGCAUAAGGCGGGGAAUAUGGUGGUCGUGGGGAGGAGGAAUAAUCGGUUGGAGGGGGUGGGAUCUCCGGGGGUUGGUACUGGGGGUGGCAGUGGCAGUGGCAGUGGGAAUGGGUUUGGGUCGGGGCUGGAGGAGGUUGGGGAGGAUGCGACGAGGGUGUUGGGGGUUGUUGGGCGGGCGAUGGUGAGGAUGGAGAGUCGGAUUGUCGGGAAUGUUUUGGUGUUGCAGGGGAGGAGGUAG